AUGCCCAUUUUCGAUAUGAUUGCCGUAGGCUGUGGAGGGGGACCAAGCGAAGAUAAUUUAUCUUGCUAUUUAUUCAAACCCCAUGACGCUCGUUGGAAUGACGGCAUUAUUGCCUUGGAAGGAGGCUCAGCCAUUGGUGCAUUCCAGCGGCUCCUACAUUCACAACCUGGGAUUUUUGGGACAGAAGAAAACAGUAAUACUGCAGCGAAGGUGUACUCGUGGAUAACGUGUUUCCUCAUCACGCAUGCUCACUUGGAUCAUAUCAACGGUCUAGUACUGACAGCAGGGUCUUCGUAUGGAGGCUCUAAAUCAGUGUAUGGAUCGAGUCACACUUUGGAGGAUAUCGAGGCAAUUUUUUCGGGUAGAAUCUGGCCCAGGCUGGCAUCCCGGAAUAACGAUGGGUCUCCGUUGGUUCUGCGCCCCCUAACCCCAAAUGACGAAUACCAGGAGAUAUUCCGUGGUGUAUCGGUUCGCGUCAUGCCCAUCAACCACGGGCAGAACGACACCUCAGGCACUUACGAUGCUUCGGCGUUCUUCGUCAGGCAUGAUCCAACGAUGCGCGAAUUUCUUUUCUUUGGUGACGUCGAGCCGGAUGAAAUAGCACAGAAGCCCAGGAAUAUCGAGAUCUGGUACGUGGCAGCACCCAAGAUAGUCAAGAGGAUCCUCUCGACAAUUUUCAUCGAGUGUUCGUGGCCGUUGGGCAGGGCAAGCGAGACGUUAUACGGACACUUGAGCCCCGAGCACUUGGAAGCUGAACUCGCCGCGCUGGCCGCUGAAGUUGUUGCCGUCCAAAAGCGGACAAGGAAAGCAGACUCGGAGGAGACAGCGCCAUCUACCGGUGCGCGGAAGAGACAGCGGGGUCCCCAAGAUACUCCCUCCUUGGACGGUGCGCUCAAGGGGGUCAGGGUCUACAUCAUACAUUGCAAGGACGACCUCAACGGCUCAUAUCCCGGCCGAGCUAUCAAUCAUGUCAUCGCUGAGCAAGUAAGGGCUCGCGUGGACCCACGGAAGCUCGGGGUGGAAAUUAUUGCCGUUGACCAGGGCAUGCAGAUAUCUAUAUAG